AUGGAGAAAAAUAUUAAUCAGUACGAUAUUGAGAAAUUUCGUGAAACGACAGAGUUUCGCAUAUCUUGUAUUGACUUCUAUUUCCAACAACUACGGAAUAUUAAGUGGCGCGGCGGCGAAAGAGUUCUGGACAUUGGCUGCGGUCCUGGUGACGUCACGAAGAAAUACAUUUAUUCUUUGCUGCCUCAGAACUUCGGCAAGCUUGUGUGCGCCGAUAUUUCGCCAGAAAUGCUGGAAGCUUGCAAAUCUGAGUUCCUCGGGAUUGAGCAUGUGGAAUUCCUGGAAAUGGACAUCAUGAAAUCUCCUGAAAAUUCUCUAAAAGGAUAUUUUGAUAGGAUCUUCUCGAUAUAUUGCUUCAUGUAUGUUUCCGAUCAGCGCAAAGCUCUACAGAAUGUCUUCGAUCUUCUGGCGCCUGGCGGAGAUUGUUGGAUUAUUCAAGCUGCUGGCGCUCCACUGUUGCAACCUCUCUUCCAACUAGCCGAAUCCCCGAAGUGGAGGGCACGAUUGAAGGACGCACGGAAAAUGAUGAAUUAUCCACUAAACGAGCUUCAAAAUAUCGUAGAAACUUGUGAAACAUAUAUGAAAUCUGCGGGAUUCACUGAUAUUUCGGUUACUCUUGAAAAUAAUUAUCAUCAAAUGGAAUCUCAGAAAGACUAUGAGAGAUUUCUUGCAAGUCUUCCAAAUCCUUCGAAGGACUUCAAAGACGAAGACAAAGAGGAACUGAUGAGGGAUCAAAUUGAGAUCGCAAAGUCGCUAAAUCUCUUCAAGGAGGAGUUCAAGUCUGAGCCCAUGAAGGACCCUCAUCGAUUGAUCAUGUUUUAUGGACGAAAACCUCAAUAA